UUCUAUGUUAUCUUAUUAGAGAGUGUUGCGAACUUUAAAUUUACAAAUUUAGAAACUAAACGCUAGCGACUCAUGUAUGAUAACCUAAAUUAUACAAUCUAAACAAAUUUUUGAUACAACAGAAACGAAAAAGUUCUAUAAGAAUAAUAUCAUUUAAAAAGAUAAUUUGAGCACAUGCAGUUCAUGAAUAGUUUAUUUUAAUUUAUUAAUCAUGGAUAGAUUUUUAAGUAUUGAUUGGAAUACUGCAUUGGAAGACCUAAUAGAUAAUACUUUUGUUAAUGAAGAAAGAUUUGAGAAAGAAAGUGUAAUGUAUCGAAUUAUGACUGGGAAUUUUAAAGAUCCAUUUAAAGAUAUUGAAGAAGACUACAAGAAUGUUAAAAUCAAUCUAAUGAAGGAUGCUGAUCCUGACUUAAAUAAAAUGGAAGAAGAAUAUAAACUUAAUCACACAAAAAAGAUCAAAUGUUAUGUACCUGGUAUUGUUAAACCAAUGUUUAGGAGUCUUAAGAAAUCUAAACUAAGCAAGGAACAACAAGCAAUGUGUUUAAGAGUCUUGUUAAAAUUUUCAAAAUCUAAUAAACCGGAGCUAACACAAAUAGAGAGAAAGGAAUUAAAAGCCUAUAUGGACUUACAAGAAAUAAUAUCUCAAGAACAACAUGAAUUUUUGGAAUUUGCAAAAAGUAAAUGGCAUGAAAGAUCAUUUAAAAUCACAUGUGAAGAUUAUAUAAAUUUACAUUGGAAGUUUAAGUUACAAUGUAUUUAUAAAUUACCUAGGUAUUACACUGAAGUAACAAGCAUUCCAUUUGUAGCAGAUAAAAAUAUUCAAGUAAAAUUUCUUUCUAAUUGUUUACAAAUGGGUGAAUUACAAAAGAUACAGUUGCCAACUUUUACUGGACCAUGUAUGCUACAUAUAAAUUCAGAACAAUUACAAAAACGAUUUCUUCCUGAAAAAGAUAAUGUCAAUGAAUCAUUGAUGUUUUUUAAAUUACCUGUAAGUGAAGAUGCAAAUUGUCAAAAAUUGGCUGAAGAUAAUAAUGUAGAUUUGGUAAUUUCAUCCAGUGGUCUUAAUUGUUUAGUAAAUAAUAUUGGUCCAACAUAUUCAAAUUCGUGGAUUUUACCCAUAGUCAUUAAAAGGCACAAUGAUAAAAAUGUUAUCUACAUAGAUAAGCCAGCACCCCCAGUUGCAAGUACUAUACCAGAAAAAAAUACUUGGGUGUAUAAAUAUAUUCUGAAAUAUUUUUUUAUUGGCACCAAACAUUUAGCUUUAGAGAGUAAUGAAGGUGAUAAUAUAUUUGAUGAUGUUAAUUGUGAAAAACUAUUAAAAUUAGAAGAAGAAUAUGAAAAUACUUCAACAAAAAUUAACAAUGAGUUAUCUUCAAAUGCAUCAGAGGAGGAUACAAGUUUUGAAGAAAUUUCAACUCAACAGAAUCUGACUAACUGUAAAGAAUCUUUGCAUACAACCGCUUCUAAUUUUUGUAAUACCUUUAGUUCUACAAGUAAUAAAGAUAUACAAACUGGAACCUCUGAAAUGAUGGACAAUUGUGUAUCAUAUAACUUGUUUACAAUUGGACCACAACUUUCAGAACAGAAUGAAUUAAUGAAAGAUGUUAUUAAAGAAUAUAAAAUGUUAGUUCGAACAAAAACACAUGGGUUUGAGAUUUUAGAUAAUGAAGUACAAAGAUUAUUAUUGUUAACACCAAAAUUAGAGCAUCAGGCUGAUCUUGGUGCUGAAGUUGUAACAUUAGAAGAAGCAUUCAAACAAUGGGUAUCUUUGAUAUUUAGGCCAAAUACAUUUCUAGCUCGAGUUCGAAUAUCAAGUGAAACAUCAGAAAUAUUACAAAUAGAAUAUCGUACAGCAAUAUCUAUAAAUAAUGAAAUUAAAAGACUUUAUAACACGAAAGUUGAAGAUACUUUUAUAAUUUUACAUAAUGUUAUUCAAUCUCUUGCAAAUUUAUCUUCAGGACGUUAUAUUUUGAGACAUACAAUAAGAAAUGGAGCAUUUGCUGCUGUUUUUAAAUUAGCAGAAAGUUCAGGAAAAAAUAAUCUUGAUAUUCAUACAAUUUAUGAUAAUAUAUUCCACACUUUACCUACUCCACCUUGGAUUCCAUUAGACAAAACCUUACCAACUCCAAUGCUUAAGUGUUUUGGAAGAAUGCCAGCUUUGUUUUAUCCAUCAAAUAAUAAAACCCCUUCUGUUAAUAAAAAAUGCACCAAAUAUGACACAGGAAUUGUACGUAGAAGUUUAAGAAAUAAAAAGAAAAAAUGAUCAGUACUCAAUAUCAACAUAACUGGAGAAAUACAUUCUUUUAACAAAUUA